GUCCAACUCUGGUCGCAGAGUCAAGCUCGAUCUCUUCGCCGAACCCCUGGAGGAGAUUUGGGUGGCUCUGCUGAACAUGAGGGAGUAGGAGGAGAAGUACAUUCGAAAGGCGAGUCUGGGUUACCCAAUUCACCAUCUUCUUCUUCAGGUGGGUUCCGUCAGUUUUCUUCAAAAAAAAGGACUUUGUAGAGAGGACAUGUGUGCCCAACAUUAUGUUGUUCUCGGUGGAAUUAUGGAAACUAUAAUGUACAAGACAUUGUUAUGUUGUUUGCCCUCCCUCCCCCCAAAGAAUUUGUUUUCGGACUGUAGGUUGGAGGACAUUCACUGGUCGGCCGCAGUGAAAUUAUGAAUCACUCCCCAUUCAGUUUGCGCUUUUUGGCAGCGUCAAAUCAUUCUGGAGAUUUCGGCUGGGAAAUUUUUCUAUCGGUUCGUAUGUCCCUGGCUUUAUUGCUUUGCGCCCUGCUGACAUUUUCCUUCCAUUUGUAACAGGUGCUUGCAAUGAAGAGAUCCGGAAUUCUCAGUUCAAUUAUUAUAUUGCAUGCUUAGACAGCUUUCGCCUCUCCCAAUCUUAGUUGCAAUUACUUCCAUUCACAUAGAUAUUGUAGCCUUUCUGUUUGCUAAGGUCAGCAACCAGAAAAUCCGCUGCUUUUACUUGGCCAGUAUAGUGAUGAGGAGUUGGAUGAUGGCUCAAAUAAAACUCUUAGUGAUGCUGCUGUAGAGAAUUCCUCGCCUCAGAAUAAUGAUGAGGUUAAGAGUGCGCUUAAUGAAUUGGGCCAGAAUUUGGACAUCAAAGGCGGCGAUGAGCCUGCUUCUCAGAAAUUCAAUCAAAAGGAAGUGGAUACGAACUCUGAUUCACUGGAUCGUGAUCAGAGCAUGGAAGACAGUGAUAAAAGAGAAAAUGGUGAUCUGGCCCCCAGGGAUUUCCGUACAGAAGUGGAUUUGACAGAGAAAGUUUCUUUGCCUGAAAGUUCUAAUGUACAAGUCAUUGGUGAUGUCAGUUCAGGUUGGAAGAUUGUGAUGCAUGAAGAAAGUAAAAGCUAUUAUUACUGGAAUACUGAAACUGGGGAAACUUCAUGGGAAGUGCCUGAUGUUUUGGCUCAAGCAACCAAGUUAACCUGUGACCAGCCUUCUGUUGAUGAAAAGCCAGAGAAUCUACCUGUAGGUACACAAGAGCAUUCUAAUUCUGACGUGAUUGAAGGGUCUUCCAAUAUGGUUCCUCAGGGCAUAUAUGGGGAUGGGUCCCAGAUGAAUGACUGGAAUCUAGGAUGCCAUAAUGGAUCAGAGAUUGAUCCCUCUUCUCAUCUUGUAAAAUAUACGGAGGCUUUGUUAGAGAGAUUGAAGUUGCUACAACGGUCCAAGGAUCAAGUGCAAGGCGUUGACUGGAUCACAAAGUACAUUUUGGAAGUUGAAAUUAGACUGUUUGAUUUGAAGUCACUUUUUUCCUAUGGGUCAUCUCUGCUUCCAUUCUGGAUGCAUUCUGAAAUACAGCUUAAGCGGCUUGAGAGUGGUAUUAAUGAUGAAAUGUCCAACAUUGUUAAGUCUGGAGAAUCAAAUGAAGUUGAGGCAUCUCAUACAUCAUUCUCCCAGGGAGAAAUAAAUGUCCCGGAAAGCAUGGGGUCUAAAACUGAAGUAGAUCGAGCAGAAAAUAAGCAACUUAUGUCCUCUCUAAAUGAUUAUCAGGGUUCUCUUAGUGCGGAUACAGUCAAUGAAGAUCAAGAAGUUAAAGACUCCAUUGUAAAAGAUGAGCAUGUUUCUGCAAUUGGCUCCCCAAGUAGACAUGUGGAGGUUGGUGCAAGUGAACAAGUCCAUGGGAUAGUAGUUCCUGAUGAGUCAACUAUUAAGAAUGAGGUUUGUGCUGUGGAAGAUGUUGACAUGGAUGUGGACAUGGAAGUUGAAGAUUCAAAUCCAGCAGGAAAUACAGCUAUUUCUUAUGCAUUGCAUGCCCGGGAGUUCACUGCAACAGAACAGCCAAAUCAGUCUAGUCCACCUUCCCUAUAUACAUCGCUAGUUUCAGAGGAUACUUUCGCGGUUCGACCUCCUCCAGAUGAGGAAUGGAUUCCUCCACCCCCACCUGAUAAUGAACAGGUUCCUCCGCCUCCACCUGAUGAGCCACCACCUGAACCUCCAUAUCCUCCACUUCCGUCUUACUCUGAGACAGGACAACCUCCCUAUGCAGAACAGUAUAGUUACUCCUAUACGGUUCCCAGUUUUGAAUAUUAUGGACAUGCAGUUGCUGAAGCACCUGGUGCUAAUUAUUAUGGACACACUGAAGGAUGUCAAGUUGCUAUACCCCACGUACCAGUUUACUAUGGUGCAGUUCCUAGCACCUACACUGAAAAUGCUCAGGUUGUGGCAAAUCCUGUUGCGCCUGUCACAUAUUAUGGGCUUCAAGAUGGAACAGCACCUGCCGCACCUGUAGUCAGUAGUGUAGACUCACAAUUUCACAGUGGGGCUGCUCCUCUUAGCUCUGACAACCUUGCAUCUGAUCACCCUAGAUCUAUCAACUCCUUUGAAGAAGUAGGCAGCAGUGGUUCAACUGUGCAGGCUCCAUCUACCUCAGCCACAGUCCAAGCAUCUGCAACUAUUAUGGAAAAAGAUAAUAUUGUUCCAUUAACUAAUUCGGUCUCUACUGCUGCACCUAUUCCGGCUACAUCAGUGGUUGCGAAGGUUCAAUCAAAAGUUGUACGUACUAAAAAGCGGACAAUCCCAGCUUCUUCUUCCUUGAGGUCUAAUAAGAAAGUCUCCAGUUUGGUAGACAAGUGGAAAGCAGCAAAAGAGGAGUUGCUUGAAGAUGAGGAGGAACCUGAGAAUACAUAUGAGUUGCUAGAGAGGAAGCGACAAAGGGAAAUAGAGGAAUGGUAUUCACAACAAAUUACGAGUGGAGAGGCCAAAGAUAAUGCUAAUUUUCAACCUUUGGGCGGCAAUUGGCGUGAGAAGGUGAAGCGGAGAAAGGCUCAGUUAGCCCGUGAAGCUGCACAGACUGCACCUGAAGCACCUAGUAAUGGGAACCAGCAGCCCGAUCUAACAGAACAUUCAAGGGAUCUGCCCUCUGGAUGGCAGGUUUACUGGGAUGAAUCAUCGAAGCAGGUUUAUUACGGAAAUACUGUAACCUCAGAAACUACUUGGACGAGACCAACAAAAUGAGUCAUUUCAAAUUUUGAAAUUUUUUGAGAAGAUAAUGUGUUUUUGCCUUGUAUAGUCACCCUUCAGUUAGCAGUUAUAUCACUUGCCGUCUGUUGUGCUCAAGCGAUCUUGUUAUCGUCACAAUGUUAUAUGCAACUAGUUGCAAGUACUUCUAAGAAGGAAGCUAGGUUUUUGUUGCAAUGGAAAAUCCCCCUUUAUGCAUCCUUCAAAGGAGGAAAGCAUCUAGUACUAGGUCAGCUUUUAGCACAUUAUGCAAGUUCGUUGACAAUUUAAUUGUUUCUCUUGUUGAUUA